CGCGCAUUCUUUCUUGCCAACUGCUACUUAAUAAUAAUAUAAUAUUCGCUACAAAUCAUGGGGUCGGCUUAUGCAGAUUAUCCUCCUUCGCUGGACUCUGCACAACAGGAUUUCCUCGUGCAGAAGAUCAAGGAUUGGUCCGCCCAGAAUGGGUUGAUGAUUCGCCCGGGUCAUAUCUCCAAGGACGUGGAUCCGAACGGAGUCCUGGCGACCAAUGCCCCUGUGACGGUCUUCCCCAGUCCCUUUCCCCGGUCGUGUUUCGAGCAGGCGCAGGGACUUCAGACGCUUUACAACAAACUGUAUGCAGAAAUCACUUGCGACGUGGAAUGGUUGAGCAAGAUCAUGGCGGACUUGAUAGAGGUGGACGACUUUGUCUCCCGUCUGUGGAAGGUACACCAGGCGGUAGACAAGGAAGGAUAUGCGCAGACCCUCUCGCUGGGCCUCUACCGGUCCGACUACAUGCCUCACGCGGGCCCGUCCGGCCUAUCUUUGAAACAGAUUGAAUUCAACACCAUCUCCUCGUCAUUCGGGGGCUUGUCAACCCGUGUGGCAGCACUCCAUACUGAACUCCUGAACUCGCCGGGCUAUCCUUCUCACCCUCUCCUGGAUUCGAAUAAACCUCCCGUCAAUACGGCGGUGCAAACCCUGGCUGCCGGGCUGGCAGCAGGGCACACUGCUUACGGGCCGUCCAAGUCUACCCCGGCUCUGCCAAAAUGUAUUCUAUUUGUCAUCCAGGACGGCGAACGGAAUAUCUUCGACCAGCUGGCCUUAUCAGAGCAACUUGAACGGGUUCACGAGAUCCCCGUGUUCCGUCUGCUGCGGUCUGAGAUCUUGGAACACACGUCGAUCCCCGCUUCUAACCCCUCCCGCCCUCUGGUCUAUACCCCGCCAUACGCAAAGGAUGCACCGUAUGAGGUGUCCACGGUGUAUCUGCGGUGUUUCUACGCUCCCACGGACUACGUCUCGGAACGCGAUUGGGAAGCCCGAACCCACCUGGAGCGCUCCGCAGCGAUUAAAUGCCCCACUGUGCUGAACCAGCUCGCUGGCUGCAAGAUCGUCCAACAGGUUCUGGCAAGCACCGAGCCCGACCACCUGAAAUCGUUCCUCUCCGAGACCGAUCCCGCAGUGAUUCAAAGCCUCCGAGAUACAUUCGCGCCGCAGUACGACCUGAACGGACGGGGCAGAGAGCUCGCUUUGAACCCCGUCACCGCCGCAAACCACGUCCUCAAGCCCCAGCGGGAAGGCGGCGGAAACAACAUCUACAAGACCGAUAUCCCCGACUUCCUGCGAUCCAUUCCUGAGAGCGAGUGGAAACGGUGGAUCCUGAUGGAGCUGAUCACGCCCCCGGACGCCAAGAACGUGGCGCUCCGCAGCGAUGGUGAAGUCCUGAGCGGCAACGUCAUCUCGGAGCUGGGCAUCUACGGAACGAUUCUGUGGGACCAGAAAAGCCGGGGUCAGAUCCUGCACAACGAGGAGGGUGGGUGGCUGCUGCGGACCAAGGCUAAGGAUGUCAACGAAGGAGGUGUUGCGACUGGGUUUUCUAGUCUAGACGGUAUUAUACUGUUUUGA